UUAAGAUGGAUAUUGUUAUCUGCUAUUGCAGUAGAGGUGUGUGUGUGUGUGUUGUACUGUUGUCUGGUUUUAGUGGUUUUGAUUUGAUCUUCUUCCGAAUUCUUUUCUUGUCUUAAGCCUUUGGAGAACAUUCACCUCCAUUUACUCGUACUAGCUCAAAUCCAAUAACAAGCAUAAAAAACGAGAAGGGGCAUGAGAGAGACUGGGUGUUGACAACUUCCACGUCGCUUCUCAUCUAGUCGUGAUUUAUGGAAUGCGUGAAUCCAUGAUGGGUUUUCUAGAGGAGGUGGCAGAGAAUUACUUUUCGUUUUAGAGGGUACUGCAGAAUGAUGUGAACCUUGAUGAGGACGUCAGGGAUUUGAAUGGAGGAGAUUGUGAUAUCCCAAAGUGUCACAGAUAUGUGUAAAUCCCUUGUCUCACAUUGGUUGUCUACUACUAGGUUUCUUUUUAUAACUGAGGGUUGCUAAGUUGCACUUCAUUAUUAAAUUAAACUUGUGCUCUGUUGUUUAUGGCACUGCUGGGAAUGGGAGCAAAUAUGCAGUAUGAUGGCUAUUUCCCAGGAUAUUACUCGACAAUGGAUCUUAAUAUGGAUGCUAAUAGCAGCACAUGGCCCUUAAACAAGAUUAAUAAAAUGUUGGAGCAUGGACACCACUACAAUGGUUUUUUGUCACCUUUCUCUGCUGACAAGGUUUACAACAAGGAAGUCUUAAAGCAGAUGAUGCUCAAGCACGAAACCAUGUUUAGGGAUCAGAUCCAUGAGCUUCAUCGCCUUUACGGAAGACAGAGGGAGUUGAUGUAUGAAAUGAGAAGGAAUGAAUUAGAUAAAUGUAAUGUAAGGUUGGAGACAUCACAGUCAAAUUCUGUUUUAUCUCAUGUCUCAACUGAAUAUACCCAAAAGACAUGGCAUGCCCCUAGGUUGCCUUGGGUAAACCCUGCUUGUGGUGGAUUAUCCAUGUUAGGUGUUGAAAAUGUCCAGCUGCCUUUGAGUUCUAUUCAAGGGAAUUGUAUGCAAAGAUGUCCUGAUCCUGGACAAACUGAAGGCUGUUUAAAAAACUUCGAGCUAUUGGAAUCUAAGUGCAAGAAAAUUGGGAAAAAAAUAUUGGAUCUUCAACUUCCAGCUGAUGUGUACAUUGACAGCGAAGAAGAGGAAAUAUUGGAAGAUGAAAAGGUUCAUGAAGUGCCUGAUGUGUCAAAUUAUCUUUCAGAGGGAGUUACUCAGGUUAUGUGCAAGGAUGAUGUAAAACCAUUUCCUGGCAGAAAUGAACUUAACAAUAUUUUCCACGAGGAAGCAUUCACUUCAUUAUUGAAGAAAUCCACAGGUUUGGCUGACCUAAAUGAUCCCGUUGAGCCUGAGGAAGAAGCAGCUUCUAAUUAUGAUUUUGUUGGCCGUACCAGUCACCAGAUUCCAUGCCACGAUCUUUCUCAAAAGAUCAAAUCGGCCUUCCAAAUUUCAUCUGAGGAAAUUGUCCAAAAUACCCAGACUAGAUGGGAUCUUGAACCUUGCUCAGAUGUUCUACUGUCAGAAAAGAAAGAAAGAAAACAGGGGCGGCCAUCCUUCAAUGAUGAAGCUGGUUUUGAUGCAGAAAAGUUAUCCAUGUUGUAUGAAUCGUCACAAGAGGAGAUUAAGCAAGCUAAUCAACCUCCAAUAUUUCAUUUAUUAAAUCAGAGUUACCAAAAAUCAGAGAGUAAAAGAACGAGUCUCAGUUUUGAGAGCUUUGGAAGGAAUCAUAGUCCCCCCAGAGACAGCCAACCUGGACCAAGUGGGGCCUCUUACAUGUGCACUUCACAUGAGCUCAUUCCUCAGGCUGAUAUGGCAAUUUCUGUGUUAUCUCCAGCUGCAUCUUGUAGAAAACCUGUACGUGACAUGGUGCAAAUUCCUAUUUCUGUUGAAGCACUACCAUGUUUAAACCCCUCUGUAUCACUGGGUGGAAGUUCUAAAACAUCAAUCGGAAGGCCUGGGGCUAUCAGCUUUGAUAAUGUGAACAGCAGUAACAACAAUGAUUUAGGAUCUGAAGACCUAGGCCUUGCAAACUACAUUCAAGGUUCCUUGGAUGUGAAGUCUUCUAAGGACAUAAACUUGAAUUUUAUGCCUAAUUUCUGUUCUUUGGAUGUGGAAGCUUCACAGAGUAUCCAGUGCACAGAUGGAAAAGAGAAGCUUGGAGAAUUAACAGGAGGCUUGUCUUGGCUUAAAGCAAAGAAAGUAGAUAAUGUGAGAUCCACUAAAGGAAGUGAGGAUUCAACUCAGGUGGAUUCUGUCCUUUUUAAAACUUAUUCAGAAUGUGUUCCUGAUGUUGAGUCAAAGAAUAUUGAGGCAAGUGACUCCUUUAAUAAUGGAAGAAUCCUUGGCCGUCCCAUUUAUGACAAGGGUCAUAUAUCCUAUGAUCAGUGUUCUUCUCAUGCCUCCCUAUCUGGAGAUGAAAUAGAGAACACUGAGAAAGGCGGGUUACUUGACACAAACUUGGCUUGCGAUCCUGUGCAUGACUCGGGAAAGUGUCCAACUGCAAAUGAGCACGUACUAGAGAACGGAUUUGAUAAAAGACAUGUUGGUUUUGGAGGUCAUGAUGACCUGAAUUCGUGCAGAAAUGAGGACAAGUCUUCUCCGAUGCAGGUUUUCUCAACAGAAAUUGAUCUUGUGCCUGCAAGUCCAGAAAACAAGGAGUGCUCUCCACCCAGAGGAGAAUCUGAUGAAAACCAACUUGAAACAACUUUUCAAUUGCCAGGACAGGAAGAUGCGGAUCUUCAAAAGGAACUAGCGAGGGCUGCAGCAGAGGCUAUGGUUUCCAUUUCGUCAUCUGCGGUCAAAAUUUGUCUUGAAAAUACCACUUGCAAGCCAUUUGAAGCUUCUUCAACUGACUCCCUACACUGGUUUGCACGGAUAGUUUCUUCAGUGGUAGGUGAUAACGAGUUUGGAGUUGUUUUAAGUGGUAAGAAUGGUGAUGAUCAUGAUGAGUUUCUGCCGGACGGAAUGGAUUACUUUGAGGCCAUGACAUUAAAUCUUACAGAGACAAAACUGGAAGAGUGCUGCUGUAAGAGUAGUAACCAGAAAGAGGAAGAAAGAGGUGCCAUUUUAUUGCAAAGUCAGCCAAGGAAGGGCCGGACAAGGCGGGGGAGACAGCGGAAGGACUUUCAAAGCGAAAUUCUUCCGAGCAUUGCCUCUUUGUCAAGGCAUGAAGUGACUGAGGAUCUCCAAACAAUAGGAGGCCUAAUGGAGGCUGCAGGUAGUCGUUGGGAAACAGGUUCUUUGAGAAAUAAGGGUAGAAGUGGGUGGCAAAGGGGGAGGAGAAGGUCUUGUGUCUCUGCUUCCAGCUUUACAGGGAAUAAGGUGGGCUCGCUGUUGAAGCAGCAACCUGGCAACAGUGAAUUGGGCAUUGAGGAGAGAAGCCUAAUAGGGUGGGGGAAGAUCACUAGGCGGCGUGGAGGCAGAUGUCCAAUUAGGAAUCCUCAGCUUAUUUUGAGCCAAAUAUAGUAAGAGUGAUUUCGAAGAGCCUGUAUCUAUGGCUUUUUUUUUUUCUUUUUUUUUUUUUAACACAAUACCAAGGGAAUUAAAAUGGGAGAAAUGACACUAUCGGAGCUGAAUAAGAGAAUGGUUUUUAGGCCUGUAUCUAUAUGAUUUUCAAAUGAGCUGUUUGGUGGAUCAUCGGAUUUGUUGUAAACGUAUUGCAAGCUAUAAUAUAUUCAACUACAUUA